UCUCGGCGCUCGCCAGUCGCGCCUGGGCAAGAUGGCGGCGCCCAUGGCGGCGUGUCGGUGAAGGCGGGCCAUGCUGGCGCUGCUGGGCCGCGGCCUGGCGGGGCCGGCCCGCGCUGGGGCUGCUGUGCUGGGCAGGACAGAGGCCGCCUGCAGUCCYGUUCUCCAGGCAGCCAGGGGUUAUGCCAGACCUGCAGCAAGGAAGAAGAAAGACAUCCCCAGCCAUCUGGAUGACCUUCCUCCCACCAUGCUGAAGAAGGAUUAUGCCAAUCUCCCCAUAAUGAACAGUGUGGAUGAUGUAGUGAAAAGGAUGUUGUCCCUGGAAAUGGCAAGUCAGAGGGAGAAGAUGAAGGUAAAGAUACAGCAGCUGGUGGAGAAGGUCAGGAGGUCUCCCAACGACAAUGGCUCCUUUGAGGUGCAAGGCAAGUUAAAAAAGGGAAGGAUAUUGUUGGCAGAUGAAACAUCUCUGCUUUUAUUCAGCUGUUCCCACCCCAGCAUUUCCAGUUUGCUGUAUAAUUCAGCAGAAACUCCUCCAGGAGAGCCCSUGAGAGGCAGGUAGCCUGCAGGAUGCCCUGCAGGACUGCUCCAGGUCUGGAAGCAUUGCAGAGGCUGCUGUGCUUCCAAAUUUGAAUUCCAAAUUCMUGCUCCACAUCUGCCCUCCAAAGGCAGUGUGUGCAUUAUUCUGCUCGGAGUGCUUCUGUGACAUGAAGCACUGAGCUGCAGCUGUUACCAAAAUUACCCAAAUUUAGCCAUGGAACCCUAAUUUCCCUUGGCAUCAGAGAGCUGUGGCUGAAGCACAGUGGGGACAGUGCAGGGACAAAGGCCAUGGUUCACUGACCAACACUGACCACUCCUUUGACAUUAGUAAAGCCCUUUAGUUCCUCAGCAUGCCAUCAGCCCCUCCCUCCAGAGCCCAAAAUCCCAAAGACCUGGCUGCUGCCCUUGGAAAAAAAACUCUUUAUUGGUGACUGCUCCCCCAGCACUUAAAUCCUGUGAGGUGAAAUGARUAUCAAAUCACUGGGAAUUGAAUGAGUUGAAUGAAAAGAGGAAUAAAUUCAGAYGAAUUUGUAGGAUUUGUUAAUAAAAUUUUUCCCUCU